AAAUAAGGAUGGCCCCAUAACCUAAUAGCUUAGACUAUUUGACCAUCAAUGUAUUCAAGAUCCUUACUGUUGCAAGCAUAUGAUAUGCAGUUUCCUCUCACAAUUAGUUUGGAGGAACCUUUCUAUACAGAACCUUUAUAACAGUUCGAAAAGUUUGCAGCAGAACGCUUUCUAUACAGAAGCCUUCAGUUCAAUAAUUAAAAAGCUAGCAUCUGGCUCAUGGAGUUACUUCUUUGUGUAUUCAAUAGUGCUGGUAAAUAAUCAAGAGAUAAAGAAUGCUUUCAUGUGGCCUCCGAGUGGUAAGAUUUGAGACGAAAAGCAAUGCCUGGAAAGGACCUUCAAACUAGGAAUCUCAACGGGAACAUGAUUUUUUAAAGUAUUUGAAUGAAAUAAAAUGAAAGUUGGAGCACUUUAAGUAAAGUGAUGGAGGCCUUGACAAAGUUUCUCGUUAUAAGUCACUAUAAUUUUCAAAACAAUUUAUUAUUGUCCCUAUAUUUUAUUUUUAUUUACAAAUUUCCUUAUUUAAUUUUUUUUGUUCCUUGUAUUCUAUAUAUAAGAUGCAGCAAAGCAAGAGCAAUAUAAAACUCAGCAGAUUCUCCUGCCAGCUUUCAAAUCUUUUUAAUUCCGUCUCAGCAGAUCAUGAACUACUGGAAGGCUUUCCAAUAAAAUAUAUAUGUAGAGCACACAGGGCGUACACAGAUAAAUCCUAGCAAAUGAUUAGGACAUGCAUGCACACAAGUCAACAGAGAAGCCUUAAAAUACACAAAUCCACCUCUUUCUUCAUGUUCAAAUUCUAUUAUCCUCCAAAACUUUAGCUGUUCAGUGGAUUAAAGCACAAGUUUCCCAGUGGAUUAGAAUCCCAUCAAUGUAGUGGGAUUAGGUUAGGUUAGCUGUUAAUUAACAGAUCACGCGUGACCUUUGAUAUAUUUCUUAACAUUUUCCAAUCAUCCUCCCUUUCUUUUGUUUGUGUUGAAUUUAUGUAGCUUUUGUUUGUUAUGUAAAUGACAACAUGGCUAUACAAAGUGAUCAUCUUGCAACAUCUGAAGGAAUCCUAGAGAAUGUUUGGGCAAGCUACAUUGGAGAACAUAGAGGAGACAAAGUAACAAGCAAUGACGAACAAGAAGAGAUUAAAUCAUCGCAGGAAUUGCCUAGUCUUGAUAGUAGAGAUGGGUCAAUGGAGGUUCUAGAAAGGCUACCAAGUCUAGGCAGAUGGAUAUCGAUGGGUACGGAGUCCUGGGAGGGACUUCUUGAUGGAAUCAUUCCUGAAAUUAACUAUAAAGAACUUACUUCCAAUGAUAGAGCAGAAAACAAAGGCCCCAGCAGCCUAAGCUCCAAACAGAAUACUGUGAAAACAGAGAAAGUGACCACCAGACACUACCGGGGAGUAAGGAGGCGGCCUUGGGGCAAGUAUGCAGCAGAGAUAAGGGAUUCUUCGAGAAAAGGAGCUCGCGUUUGGCUUGGAACUUUUAAAACAGCUGAAGAAGCAGCUUUGGCUUAUGAUAAGGCUGCUUUGAGAAUUAGAGGCCCCAAGACAAACCUCAACUUCCCACUUGAAACAGUAGCCAAGGCAAUGGGCAUUGACUGCUCCAAAAAUGACUACAGUGUUUCAUCUACCACAACUUCACAAGGGUAUGACACGUCUUGCACAAUUCUGGGAAGCGUUGACAAAGUUUCAGUGAUCCCUAGAAGAAGGGUAUCAAGAGAUUGGGAAGUGAACGAUGAUUUGAUAAUUAUGGAACAACCUGGAAUUCAGAGAAUGGCUUGCGUAGAAGAAUUGUCUGUGGAUGAUUUCGACGUGGUAGAAUUUCAGGACCUGGGGAGUGACUACCUGGACAGUAUGUUUUCCUCUUUCUAGAUGUAUAACAUAGCCAUUUCUUUUGUUUUAUUCAAUCUCGUCAUAAUUCUUAGAUAUGGGAUAUGUGGCAUCGCAUUCUUUCCC